AUGUUUUUGUUGAUCUUUCUACUGGCUAGCUACAACUCGAUAGCAUCCUCCUCGUCGAUCCUCGUCGACUUCAGCAGCCAUGCUAUUCAGCCCACCCCUCAAGCCUACCUCAUCGAGUACAGUCCUCCGGUAGGCUAUCCGCCUUCUGGAUCCGCCGUCGAAGGGUACGAUCCUCCCGCUCUUUUAUUUGCCACGUCAUCUUUCUUUACAGUACAAGCUUUUAUUCUCUCAUCAAUGGAACCAUUUCUGCCACCGAGUACACCGUCUCUGUGAGCGCCAUCCUUAUGGAUGGAUCUCGACAGAAUGUGGGAGAACUCUCCGUUUUCAGCAGUAAGUCCUUCGAUUUCUAUUCCUUUGUGUGUAGACUGAGAACAUUCUGAUCUCUGGAACAUGAUCCGAAAGAUUUCUACUUUUUUCUGCAUUAUCCUCUGGUGGUCACACAGUAGGCGAAUGGGGAAAUGUUUGCGGUUGACACAAAGUGAUCUACUGGGUGGGGGGCAGCGGACGGCCAGCGAGAGAGUCGUGUUCACACUCCGCCUAACCGGAUUACACCGGGGCAAAAUGUGCGGAGAGCGUAAGCGAGGUCUAACAUAAACAUGUGCCAAAGAGCACUUUUAGAAGGGAGAGCACGAACGGUCAGUGGCAGAUUUUGAGAGAAGAAGUGGUUCGGUUUCAGGCCCCGAUUCACCGACUCUCGAUUCGAUUGAGACGACGGAGCACGAGGCGACCAUCUCAUAUUUCCCGCCGCAAGGACAGAAUAUCACUUACCAUAUAGGUACGAACAGUAGGAGAAGCACGAAGAACAGUGUAUUUGCAGAGUAUUACCCAGAAGAGCACAAAGAGUAUUCGAAUGCCAUCGACACGAAGGCAUCGCUUGUUAGGCUACGAGGUCUCGACUCGGGAACGACGUUCCGGCUCAAGAUCAGAUCGGCGUAUCAAGGAGUGUUCUCGCAGGAACUCAUUGACACCACUUUCAUCACUCAAGGAACUGGUGAGUCGGUUUCAAUCACACUUUCUUGUAAUAGUUCCAUCCUUCAGCCAACUAUGACUAUUCCUCGUCAGCAGAAACAUAUAGCGUUAGAACUUUGCCUCCGAAUUUAAUCUCGGACUGCAGACGACGACGGAAAUGACGUCGUACGAAUACUCGAAAGAAGUCGAAGAAGACACUACCAUCACAAGUAAGACGCCCUCGACAGUUUGUUCAGAGAGGGUGAUCUGUGUGCUUUGCAGCCCCUCUCGUUUCCGUCACCACCACCACCACACUCGCCCCCGAGACUGCGAUGGCUUCCUCCACGACGACGGCGUUCGAAGAGUCCUCCACAACGGUCUUCGUCCCUGUGACAACUCAAACAGUCGCUCCCACCACGACCACAUCCACUGAGACUACCAUCACCACCAGAACAACUCUCAGGCCCACAAGACUACUACCACCAAACAAAAAGCAGAGCCCUUGGAGGUCAAUUCGGGAGAUUUGGGAGCAGAUCAUCCGACUGAGGUAUCGUAUUGUUUGAACUUAAAAUUGAUAUCCUAACGCUUUCAGAAUACGAACGCUCUCGUCGAUUUGCCAGAAAUGGUUAAAGAGUACGGAGAGCCGUCGGAAGUGUCGCUUUCCGACGAGAACGAAAUGCUCCGUCUGGACUGGGAAUCUCCGGAGAAUGCCAACUGCGAAGCGUUCUUUGUCAAUUACACCAUCCUUUCGCUGAACAGACCCCGUUCUUUCUCCCUCGCCACUUCCGACGAAUACGCGAACAUCAAGAUGUUCUCAGAGCACACGCUCGACAUCCGCGUGUUCUGCAUGCUCGCGGGCGCUCUCAGCAAGACGUGGUGGGCCCAUCGCAUCGCGCAUUUGUCAAAACCGAAGCAGCUGGAGAAUGUGCGAGUUGUGGAGGUGAACACGGACGAUUUCUACGUGGCAAGCAUCCAAUUGGCAUGGGAUUGGCCCGUAUUCCACGACUUUGAACGAUACAAAAUUAUGAUCUCGUACGGAUUCGGGAAGGCAGAGACGAAGGAGAUGGAAGUGACGAGCAAGGACGAAAUGGUGCUGCUCGACAAACUGGAGCCGUCUCAUCGCUACUCGAUUUCCAUCAGAAACGCGUCGACCGAACUGUCGUUGACUUCAAAAGUGACCCAGUUGGAGCAAGUGACCGCUCCGAUCAUCUCCUCAACUGUGUAUCCGGGACAGAUAUCGUCCAAUUCUAUCAAUAUUAACUUUGGAGAUUCUGACCCAGAACAGGGGAAAUUCGAUUAUUAUCUGCUCACGUUCAGUGGGAAUAACAAGAACAUUUCCAAGAAGGUCGAGAUGGAACACGAGUGAGUUUAGUGUGAGAGGGAGUGAAAUAAGUGGAUGUUUUUCAGGAAGUCAUUCACGUUCACCAAACUGAUUCCCGGUAAGACGUACCAAUUCUCAGUUUACACAGUGUACAAGGGAGUCAAGAGUCGGCCUGUUUCCGCAGAUAUCACAACUUGUGAGUUCAAGAGUGACCAUCCACUGGCUCUUAUUGAAAAUCCUUCGUUUCAGAUCCAUUGAAAGUGAACCAACUGUUUCCGGUGGUCGGAAAGGACUACGUCGUUCUGUACUGGGACAUUGAGAACUUUGCCGAUUCGGACUGUAGAUUCAGACUGAGGUAACCGCCCUCUAAUUCAGUUAUUUCUUAACGUAGGCCCUUUUCAGUUACAACGCAGACAACAUUCCCACAGUUUCGGUGGAGUUGAAGGGCGCCAGCAGACACAGAUUCUCAGCACUCGAGGCAGAAGUGUACUACACUUUCACGAUCACCGUCAUCAUGGGUCUGGGCGAUGCGGCGGCGGAGAGCGAGUCCGAGAUGAUAACGGUGGCGAUUCCGAAGGGAAGACUCGCGCCGACGGUGCACAGGCAGGGAAGCAGAGAGCUCGUCGUCGGAUUCGACAACGACCUCUCCGUGUUCUCGCUUCUCAACGGAUCUCCCGACAACUUCGCCGUCAUUGUAUCGGAUGACGUGACUCUGAACGACGACAACUACGAGCUGAAGUCGUGGUUCGAAGUGAAGGACGAGGAUGUGUGGGGAGCGUACCGCGCGUCUCCUUCCACGUGGAAUCCGUUUGAUUCGGAGAGAGUGAGACGGGCGGCGUUCACGGUCGGAACGGACGAUUGUGUGAAGAGGAAUCUGGAUGAGCCGGUAAGUCCUAGAUGAUUAGAAGAAAUGUGUCAUUUUGACAUUACAGUACUGCAAUGGAAUCCUCCGUGCGGGAACAGAGUAUCGAGUGAAGAUCCGAAUGUAUACGGAUACGAAAGUGGCGAUGGAAACGGAUUGGGGACGGAUAGAAGGGGCGAAGGACACGGAUGGAGAUGAAAACGAAGAGGAAGAGGAGGACGGUGAGUGCAUGAGAGAGGAUCUCUCUGCAACUGGACACUUUCAGAACGCCGUUUCCCGUGCCACAUGUACCUGAAUGGCUGUCGUCGCAAGUCCGCCAGUCCUCGAUUCUCCACCAUUCCACUUUUUGUUUCUCUCUUGCUCACUCUCCUCUUUUUCUAG